AUGAAUGAACAAAUUUAUGAAGAAGUUUUUAAUACAUUACCUACUAAUCGUGUUAAAAAUUUUGUUGAAGUUGAAGGUUAUGUUCAACAAGUUAAAUUGAGAGACGUGGACCCAUUAAUUGCACAUGAAAAAUGUAAACAAAUUAAAGGUUUUAUUGUUGAAUUUCCAUUAGAAUUUUUAGCGAAUGAUUUUAUCAUGCCUAGAUGGACAACAGCAGAAGGUCUGAUUUAG